AUGAUCGUAGCAGUGGAAUCAAUCCUCAGCCAGACGGGAGCGACAGGCGAAACAAAGAACCUCAUUCGACGCCAAGUGUCCUCCCUCCUCAUGGCUCAUAGGUCGCGCGAUGUACUUUCCAAGGUCGAGCGCGAUGCACUUAAGGAACUCAGGGCCGACAAAGAUCUCGUUAUCAUGCCUGCGGACAAGGGGCGUUCAACGGUCGUAUUGGACAGGACAGACUACAGUCAAAAAGUGAAAAGCUUGUUGGGGGAUCGUCAGUCCUAUGUCCCAUGCGAAUCCAACCCCAUAAAAAUGCUGACAGGCGAGAUUAACGCGACGCUGCUGGCAAUGGAGAACUCAUGUGCAAUAUCGCCAAUCGACCGACACAUGGCAAGAGCACAAGAAACGGCCCUAGCCCGAUUCUACGGUCUCCCAAAAUUGCACAAAAAGGGCGCUCCUCUCCGCCCUAUCGUAUCACUAAAGGGCAUUCCAACCUACGAACUGGCAAAGUGGCUGUUCCAACGUCUCAAGUUUCUGACCUCCGAUUCGAACACCACGGUCAGCUCGUCAACGAAAUUCACGGAGAAUCUUAAAGGAGCAAGUCUCCUGCCAAGCGAUGUCAUGGUUUCCUUUGAUGCCACGUCCCUUUUUUCUUCUAUCUCGCAGGACCUGGCAGUCGAGACCAUCGAACUACUCCUACGAGAAAAAUACGACGAAACGGAGAACCGUCUUUAA